UUUUCCCGCUAAUCUCUCUCACUUCAGCAAAGAAUUCAUAACAGAAAGACGACUAAAAUGUCUCUAUCUAACAAACUAUUAUUCACAUGAUUCGAACACAGUUGUAUAUUCACACAAUAUAUUCAAUUAUCUUUGUAUUUACUUCCAGAAACUCUCGAUUGCAUUGGAUCUGGAGCGUUUCCAUGAGUAUAUUUUUGGAAUGGUGUUAUUUUCUAAAAUUUGUUUGAUUUUGUGCGAGAUCAUAGACAUUGGAUUAUAAAUGGUGGCGCAGUGGUUAUGUUUUCAGUUUCAUCUGUGAAAUUCGUUUAUUUAAGUGAGAUCUCUGACAAUGGAUUCGGAAAUUGUGGCACAAUGUUUAUAUAUGCACAAUGGUGUUAUUUUCUGAUAGAUUGAUGAAAUUAGUUUUAUUUUGUAUAAGCAUAGACAAUGGAUUCUGACAUGGUUUCAGCUCGGAGAAGUAGCGAUGAUAAUCACUUUUCGGUUCAAUCAAAUGGUGGUUCCGAACUCAAGCAACCAUUUAUAAUCGGUGUUGCUGGUGGGACUGCGUCUGGCAAAACGACUGUUUGCAAUAUGAUAAUUUCGCAACUUCACGAUCAGCGGGUUAUUCUUGUCAAUCAAGAUUCAUUCUAUCACUUGUUGACCGAUAAGCAAUUACAGAAAGUCCACGAGUACAACUUCGACCAUCCUGAUGCCUUUGACACAGAGCUUCUGCUUUCAUGUAUGGAGACAUUAAGUAAUGGAAGAGCAGUUAGCAUCCCAAAUUAUGAUUUCAAGAGACACCAAAAAAUUGAUCACUUCCGCAUGGUCAACCCCGCAGAUGUCAUUAUUUUAGAAGGGAUCCUAGUUCUCCAUGAUUCUCGUGUACGUGAUCUUAUGAACAUGAAGAUCUUUGUUGAUACAGACUCCGAUGUGCGGCUUGCAAGGAGGAUACAGCGUGAUACUGUAGAGAGGGGCAGAAACAUUGAAUAUGUGCUUGACCAA